ACAGCACCGAGACAAGCGCACAGACAGCAACAUCCUACAGACGACGAAGCUUUUCCAUCGUUCCAAAACAGAUAAAACGUAAACUGCUGAAAGCGACAGACGUAAGGGAGCGUAAAGGAACGAAACGAGCAAAAAAGAACGUUGAAGGGGAUCCUUAGCGGAGGGAUUCAGAACAUUGGACAGCGAACAUGGCUCCGAUGGUGGUAGAAGGGGCGCAGAUCGUGGCGGUCCCAGCUGGUGUAGCUCUGGUGAGCAUUUUCGGUCUAGUGUUCACUCUCUCCGCCUUCGCCUGGAUCUGCUGCCAGCGCAAGACCUCCAAGACCCAACAAAGUCCCCCCUACAAGUUCGUCCACAUGCUCAAGGGUGUAGACAUCUACCCUGAGAGCCUGACCCGAAGCAAGAAGACUGCCGCCGCAUCCUCCGCCCACAAGCUGACCAAGACCGACGUCAACGGCAACACCCAUAGCGUCUGCCCCCACAGCCCCAAACAACUGGCCUCCAGCCCGGGAGGAACCACACGGCCCACCAUGCACUUGGAGCUUGAGAAGAGGGACCUCAAUGGGAACUUCACCACCAAGCCCUUCCACCACCACCAGCAGAGGGCAGAGCUGAAGGUCCGGAGCUCCCCCGACCUGGAACUGCCCUUUCCACAUGCAGGCUUCACUCAGCCUGGGGUGACGGAGCACAGGGAGCCAACCUCUCCCUCCAGCACCACCUCCAGCCAGGCCCCCACACCCAUGCUUGAGAAAGCCCCAGCAGAGGAGCGUGAUGGCGGGCUAGGGACACUGCACUUCUCUCUAGAGUACCAGGCUGAGAAGAAGGCUUUCAUCGUGCACAUUAAGGAAGCCCAGGGCCUGACCCCCACAGAUGAGCACUCUCUGACCUCUGACCCCUACAUCAAGCUGACCUUGCUGCCAGAGAAGAAGCACCGUGUGAAGACCCGGGUCCUGAGGAAGACUCUGAGCCCAGCCUUUGACGAGACCUUCAGCUUCUACGGUUUGUCCCAGGCACGCGUCGCCCAGCUCAGCCUGCACUUUGUGGUCCUCAGCUUUGACCGGUUCUCCAGGGAUGAGGUGAUUGGGGAGAGCCUGGUGCCCCUGACCGGCAUCGACCUGAGUGAAGGCAGAAUCCUCAUGAGCCGUGAAAUCAUUAAAAAGGACAGCAAGAAGACUUCGGGCCGAGGAGAGCUGCUCCUGUCCCUGUGUUACCAGUCUACCACCAACACCCUGAGUGUGGUGGUGCUGAAGGCACGCCAUCUGCCCCGCAAUGACAACCGACCAACAGAGCCCUUCGUGAAGGUGAACAUGUUCCACGGCAAGAAGCGGAUCUGUAAGAAGAAAACCCAUGUAAAGAAGAGCUCUCCAAACCCCGUGUUCAACGAGCUGUUUGUGUUCGAGCUUCCCUCGGAGCCGGAGCUCAGGGACAUCAGUGUGGAGCUGCUCCUGAUGGACUCAGAUCCCCGCAGCCCCUGCCCUGUCCUGGGACGCCUGCUGCUUGGGACCACCUCUCCAGGAACCCUCGGUGAGCACUGGAGGGAGAUCUGCGAGCACCCACGCCGCCAGAUUGCCAAAUGGCACGCCAUGAGCCAGGACUAGACUAUCUCUGGAGACGACCAAUCAGAGGAGAGAACGAACAUGAUAUGAGGGGGGCGGGGUUUCUUGACUCCACAGCUGCCAUUGAAUGGGGACUGGGAGGGAGGUGCUGGGGCUCACAUCUAUGAUCUUUAAAACAAACUAAAGCGCCAUUCACUUGCCUGGCAAAUCCAGAAUGAUAUCUGUCUGUAUUUUUAUACAGAUUGAUAUCUGUCUGGUCCCCACACAGUGUUGUGUCUCAAGCCCGGUCAAAAAGUGAUCACACAAUCAGAAAAGGAACGAAGGAGUUAAUUGGUCACCUAUCAUUUACAAAUAAAAUCUAAUUUAUCUCAUCUCAGAUUAAUAGAGUUUAGUGCUCGGCUCAUUGUUUCUGCAGAAACCUGCAAUGUUUUUAAGGCCCCUAUGAUAUAUUUUUUACUUUAUUUUUUCUAUUACUGAUGGACCAUGCAUGUCCUUGAUUGGCUAAUCCACCUGUCAAUCACGCCCAUUUGAAAAUGGGGAGAUUCACCAGUGACCAGACUCACAUUUUCAUAAUGUUACGGAAGUGUUUAUUCUGGAUCCCAGGCAAUCCUUUCACAAAUAGAGACCAGUAAAUUUCUGAGUAGAAAAUGCCAGAACACUCAGCAGUGACCCCAAUUCACACAUGCACCAGUCUCAGAAUAUUCUCGUGUCUGCUCUGUUCACACUUAAAAUGGCAUUUGGCUUUCUGCUCUCUUUCACAUAGCAAGUUUGUACGUAGGGAAACCAAGCCCGUAAUCAUGGAGACCAAGCUCGUAACCAAGGAAAGCAAAUUGUAGUACUGGGAAUUUUCUAGCUUUAUUCCUUUGCUGCAUAUUCCCGGUUAUUCAACCAGGACUCUGCCAGAUCAAAAAACUGGAAAAUCUGUUCUGGCUUUGUUCGCACAUGAAUGCAGAUAAAGUCCUGGGUCAUGCUGCCUGUGUGAAUAGGGCUACAGGCGUUUGACUUUUGUUCAGAAGUCCAGGAGCAGGAUUCUGUUCAUUUGUAUAUUCCACAUGACUAUAACUUCAGAUUGUAUUUAUUUAAUUUGUUAUUAUAAUUCCUUAUUGUAAAUCUCUUCCUUAUCUUUUCUAUUGAUACUUUGCAGCUGAUGUAAUCACCAUUCUUUGGGUAUUUUUUGGGAUUCUAGGGGCACUGCUCUGUCUGAAACUGAAAAUUCAAGUUAGCCUUUCAUUCGGAGCUUUGUUUAAACACAAUCUGACUGUAAAAAACUGACUGUAAUUGGAGCUACAACAUAUGAGCUGAUUUGUGCCAUUAACAAAUCUCUCAAACAUGAACUGUAUAAAGAAGUGGUCUAAGGCAGUCUGAUGUCACCCAUAUCAUUCAACUCCAACCAAUUGAAGCCAGUUGUGGCUAGCAGUUAUAGUAGCUAAUUUGGAUAGGACAUCCGUAUCUGGAAAUCUGAGUGCGAGUAUCAUAGCAACCAAAGAGCUAAUCAGGAGCCAGGUUGUUGGCUUGGCAUGGAGCAUGCACUUAGCAAUGUUAUCAAUCCAACCUGUUACUAACCAUAGCAGGAGCAACCUCGGUUAAAUGAGGCACAUUAUUGAUCUGUUAAAUAUAUAUUUUGAUUUAUGAACAAAACAGCUAAAUAAAACACAGGUAUCAUGUAGAGCAGGUUAAUACGAACAUUUUAAGACCAAAAUGACGAGCCUGAAAGGUGAUGAUUUUUUCAAUAGAAAAUUAACUAGAGCCAGAUUUGAUGGAGCUGAAUCACGCCCAUGCUCACUUCCUAUGUCCACUAUGUCCACAUAUAUAUAGUCUGUGCUCUCAAAAUCACAGUCACAAGUUACCAGUUUUUUCAGUUAGUCUGAAUGGGAUCAUGAAUGCUCAUAUUGAUCACAGGCUCCCAAAAAUGCAUUGUUCAGACGAUCUAAAAACAUAACAGACUGUAGUUGCAAAUGUGUCCAUUAUGUCUUCAUCAUAAUUGAUGAACUUGGCUCCAUAGAUAUACCUGCUGCCCCCCUCUCUGCAGAAUGAUGUCACUGCAGAGUAUCAGUUGCUCUAUUGUUACAUAUAGUAGCUUUGAUUCAAAUCAGAAUAAACACAAAAUGGCUGUGCAGUGAAGCAGCCCAGCAUGGACCUCAGAGGAUAAUCACGCAGAGUCCCGACAUCACCUGGAAACGUGUCUCUAUGGCAACAGCCGUUGUCCCGGUAACAGUGAAAUAUGGCUUUUUCUUUCUUCUUCCUCCCACUUUAAAUUCCAUCAGUUCUUCCCUUGUUAGUGAACGCAGCUCCAUUGUACCAGACCUGAGCGUGCCGUCUAAGCUGUACAAAUGUGUUUUAUAAUGGCUCUUUGAUGCUUACGGAUGUGCAAUGUUUUAUUUAUGUUUUUGUUUACUUGGUUUGUUUGUGAACAUGUUUUGUACUACGCUGUUUGGGGACUGGACCGUGUGUGGAGAUGGCGUGUUGUCCUUUAACUGUGAGCACAAAGGAAUUACGCUGUACAUGUCAUAAAAUGUUGCAGAUCCUGG